UUGCCAAUAAUUAAGCUAAGCUAGCUAGGAUCAUCAUUGAAGCUGAGCAAUGGCGACGAUUGCUGAAGAGGUGAUCGGCCACCGGCCGAAAGCACGGUCUCUGAAGGGAAUGACUGCCCUUGUCACCGGCGGAACACGAGGCAUAGGGCAGGCCAUUGUGGAGGAGUUGGCCGGCGAUGGGGCGGCAGUCCACACUUGUUCUCGCACCCAAGCGGACCUGGACCGCUGCCUACAACACUGGCACACCAAAGGCUACAGGGUUACGGGUUCGGUCUGUGACGUCCUACAUCCAGACCAGCGGCUGAGCCUUAUGGAAUCUGUCUCCUCUCUCUUUGGUGGAAAGCUCAAUAUCCUUGUGAACAAUAGCGGAGCUCUAUUGCAUAAGAAAGCUCCGGAAGUAACUUGUGAGGAGUUUUCAACGAUAAUGGGCACCAAUUUUGAUGCAACAUAUCAUUUGUGUCAACUGUCGUAUCCUCUGUUGAAGGCAUCAACAUUGGGAAGUAUAGUCAAUAUCUCUUCCAUAUCCGGCAUCGUUUCACUGCCUUAUACUUCUGUCUACGGUGCAUCUAAAGCUGCAAUGAAUCAGCUGACAAGAAGCUUGGCUUGCGAGUGGGCGAAAGAUAAUAUCCGCGUGAAUGCUGUUGCUGCAGGCCUCAUUAUGACCAAAAUGUUGUCGUCCGCAAUGUCCCCCGAAGCGGCAAAGGCGAUCACAGGCCGAAUUCCGUUGGAAAGAAUUGGAGAGGCAAGCGAGAUAUCAUCAUGGAUCGCAUUCCUUUGCUCCCCGGCUGCUUCCUACACAACUGGUCAAGUUAUUGCUGUCGACGGAGGCCUUACUAUCAAUGGUUUCAACUAGACACCAACAUCAACGCGGUUCUUCUUCUUCUUCAUCUACUGUGUGUCCUAUUUAUAUAUAGCUGUAAAACAUAUAGCUCAUACAUUUCAAACAUUAAUUUACAUUAUGAGAUAUUAUGGGUCAGGUUAGAGGUCAUUUGGAAUUGUGGGUUGUUCAACACUUCAACUUGCAGAUAGAUUGAAUUGCCGGUUGUUCAACCUACCGACAGGUCGGAUUAUCCUGGU